CUAAUCUAUAAGCCUCCGACACUUUGAUCUCUGAUCAGUUUUAUUGAUUAUGUAUCGGUAGCUGUGGUUGUGUCUGUCGGUUUUGGUCUGGUUUGAUCUGGUCGCUUCUGGUUCCGGCUGCUUGUUCCGGAACUUUUCUGUCUCGGUGUGAAGCCUCGGUCUCGGGUUAACAGUUAGCAUCUGUCUGUUGAAGCAGCUUUAGCUUCUGUUAGCUUCGCCACACGGAACAUUCCCGCCUCAGACUCUCAGUUUCACCCCGAGCCCCCACCCCUCUGCAGACCAGACGGUGAGCUCAGCUCCGAGGUUAGCCGGUUGGUUUCAGUUACCAGGACAGCUAAGCUAACGAGCUAACUGUUAGCCUGAGUUAGCAGCUAGCGCUUAGCCCGGGCUGCCUCCGUGCUCCUAAUGCCGGUGAUGCUGGAGAGAAACCCGGAGGCUCCGGGGAAGAGGAGAGGCAGAGCCCCGGCUGGCGGCGGUGGGAGCGGCCCCGGAGCAACAGCGAACACCGGCGGUAAAAGUCUGUCCGGUAAUGGAACCAGCACCAACAGCUGCUGGGAAGAAGGAAGUUCGGGAUCUAGCAGCGACGAGGAGCAUGGUGGAGGGGGGAUGCGGGUCGGACCGCAGUACCAGGCCGUGGUUCCGGAUUUUGACCCGGAGGUGGCCCAGACGGCUCAGCUCAGAGAAAACCUCGGGAUGUUGGUUUGGAUCCCCAGCAGCUGUCUGAACCAGACUCAGUUGGACGAGUACAUCGCUAUUGCCAAAGAGAAACACGGCUACAACAUGGAGCAGGCUCUGGGGAUGCUGUUCUGGCACAAACACAACAUCGAGAAAUCUUUGGCCGAUCUGCCGAACUUCACCCCGUUUCCUGAUGAGUGGACGGUGGAGGACAGAGUCCUGUUUGAACAGGCCUUCAGUUUCCACGGCAAGAGCUUCCACCGCAUCCAACAGAUGUUACCUGAUAAGUCCAUGGCCAGCCUGGUUCGCUUUUAUUACUCUUGGAAGAAAAGUCGCAGUAAAACCAGUCUGAUGGACAGACAGACCCGAAAACACAAGAGAGAGAGAGAUGACAGUGACGAUGAUGUUGAAGACGGUAACAGAAAUCCAGUGAGUGACUCGGAGGUCGACCAAAAUAAAGACGACAAGAAGGAGGCAAGUUCUGGAUCAGAGAGGUCAGAUGUGAAACCAGCUGCUGGACUGAAGACAGGUGGUAAGGCAUCUCAGCGGAUGAAGAAACGUCCUCCCAGAGGAAUGUUUCUGAAUCAGCAGGAUGUCGUCUCUCUGUCGUCUUCGUCUGCUCAGGGACUCAUCAGGCACCUGGACUGUCAGCUGGUCUCCAUCAAGAGACAGAUUCAGACCAUUAAACAGAUGAACAGCUCUCUGAAGGAGAAGCUCAGCUCAGGAGUCGACGAGUUCAGGCAACCAGAGGUGAAUCAGAAGUUUAACACUCGUUGGACCACAGAGGAGCAGCUGCUCGCUGUACAAGCCAUCAGGAAGUAUGGGCGGGACUUCCAGGCGAUCUCAGAUGUGAUUGGUAACAAGUCAGUGGUUCAGGUGAAGAACUUCCUGGUGAACUACAGACGGAGGUUCAACCUGGACGAGGUUCUUCAGGAGUGGGAGGCCGAGCACGGCAUGGAGGGAGGAGAUGGGGGAGGAGAGGAGGAAAAGAUGGAGGAGAAGAUGGAGGUGUGUCCUGCUGAGGAGGAGGAGGUCACUGCCAAGGAGACAAAGGAGAACGGUGCCAGCGCAACAUUCCCGCCCAGAACAGGCGGCGUAAAAGACGUUGCACGCAACAAAGAAGAGGACGAGGAGCUGGAAGAAAGACCACAAAGACCAGUGCGACUUCCUGAAGACGGAGAUGAUCCAGGUUUAAGAAGUCAGACAAGGAUCUGCACGUUACGUCAGAGGACAAAGGACUCAUCCUCUCUGGUGGACUCCCAGAAGCCUCUGGCCUCCUGAAACCCUCUGACCCCGCCCCUCUGGUUUUAUGAUGUCAUCAUUAUAUUUUGUUUUCUCAUUUUAUCAGUGUGUUGAAAUUUUACUGAUCAGCCGAUUGAUCGGGUUUGAGGUCAUCGCUGGUCUCUGUGGACCAAUCAGAAAUCAAACCUGACCUCUCGAUCAAAGUUGGAGGGGCCUGGCUUAUUUCUGUUUUCCAUAUUU